AUGGAUUCAGAGCCUAACGAGACUCCUUUCGCUGCAGUCAGCGCGCAAACUUCAAAACUAGGAAGAAUCUACCAAUCCUAUCUCGAUAAAUGUACGCCCUACACCGCUUAUAGAUGGAUUGGAACUGGUGUUCUUCUUGCUCUUUUCUUCGUCCGUAUCCUCAUGGCCCAAGGCUGGUACAUUGUCUGCUACUCGCUGGGCAUCUACCUCCUAAACCUCUUCCUCGCCUUUCUCCAACCCAAAUUCGACCCGUCCCUGACACAAGACGAAGGCCUCGAAGACGGAGACGCCUCUCAACCCACCCUACCCACAAAACAAGACGAAGAAUUCCGCCCCUUCAUAAGGCGGCUGCCAGAAUUCAAAUUUUGGCACAGCAGCACAAGGGCGAUUGCGAUUGCAUUCUUCUGCACUUGGUGGGGCGUGUUCAAUGUGCCGGUCUUUUGGCCCGUCCUUGUGGUUUACUUCAUUAUUCUAUUUAGCUUGACGAUGCGGAGGCAAAUCCAGCAUAUGAUCAAAUACCGCUACGUCCCCUUCACUUUCGGCAAGGCCAAAUACAACCAACGAACUGGGCAUUGA